AUGGGUUACAAUUAUCUAAAGGCAGCUAAAAAAAUCGUAUGCAUUGGGCGUAACUAUGCUGCGCAUAUCAAAGAAUUGAACAACUCAACUCCAAAACAACCAUUCUUUUUCCUAAAACCGGCCUCAAGUAUAGUGACUCCAUUAUCAUCAUCGUUAAUCAAGGUCAAGAGACCUACAGAUUCCAGUUUCAAUGGGCUGAAUGAAGACGGAACUAAUCCAGGGCCCAUAUUCAUCCCACGUGGUGUGAAGGUUCAUCAUGAGAUUGAACUGGCAUUGGUCAUGAAGAAACACUUGUCCAACGUCACUCGGAUGGAACCUGAGGAAGUUUAUGACUCCAUUAGUGGUGUGGCUCUGGCGUUGGACCUUACCGCAAGGAACGUGCAAGAUGAAGCAAAAAGGAAGGGUUUACCUUGGACUAUAAGUAAAGGAUUUGACACUUUCAUGCCAAUAUCUGCUAUGGUUUCCCGCGAUAAGUUUUCAACUUACAAAUCGAACUUGCAAGAUAUUUUCAGAGUCAAAUGCUCCGUCAACGGAGAGUUGAGACAAGACGGUGGCACUGAGCUAAUGUUGCACCCAUUCCACAAAAUCUUGCAACACAUAUCUACCAUGAUAUCCCUCGAACCCGGUGAUGUUAUAUUGACUGGUACACCAGCUGGCGUAGGUGAGUUGAAAUCCGGCGACCGUGUCCAUUGUGAGCUGUUGCAAAAUAAUGAGAAACUUGCCGAUAUGGAAUUCGAAUGUGAAAAUCGUCCGGGUCCAUAUGAAUUUAGGGAGACUUAA